AUCGCGUCAUCAAAUUCCGUCCAAUCGCUGCCUUUGGAGGUUUUCUUGAUCCGCAAAAAUGAGGAAAAACAGAGAAAUCUGCAUUAGCUAUUACAGUUUAGUGAUUUAGCUGGCGUUCUUGAUCGAGUUCAUCAAUACGUUUGGUUACAUGCGGGUGUUAUUUUCGUCUUUCGUGUUUGUUACGGGGUAACUAUUUGAUUAACGUUAACGUUAGCUCGUACUUGUUAGGCUAACAUAGUCACCCUGACGUUAGCUCACAUGAGUGAGAGAAGUUUAAUCGAUGGAGAUCACUCCUAAAGCAGCCAAACAAAAACCGGUGUAUUCACCUUGUAAUUCAGUGGAGUCAAGCCCCUGUCAAAUUAAAGAGGAAAAGCAUCAUCAGAAGCUGAGUUCGUCUCUGAAGGAGAGGCUAAAGAGAUCAAGGCGCUCCUUCACCUCGCCCUUUUCUGUGGCUAAACGUCUUUGUGUUGAUGAUGAAGAGGAGGAGGAGGAGGAGGAGGAUGGCCGACAAGUUUCAGCAGAUUCUCGUGAGACAAUUAAUAACCCUCCACUGAUCAUUCCCAACGUAGAUGUAAACAGAAAUGAGGCGAGGUCGUGGAGUGAAAGGUUUUGUGGACGCAUUCCCAAUCCAACAGGUCCUCCUUUAGAAGACUUUACACAACAACGAGACCAACUGAAGAAAGAGGUUAAAGACAAGGCGGAGACACUGCGCAGACUCAAGAUGGUUCAAAUGUACAGGACCAAGAAUGAUUUAACACAGCUCCAGACCUUGAUUGACAAGUGGCGGAGAUGUGCUCAGGCUGCGCUGUAUGAGCUCCAGUCAGAUGUCCCCAUACGUGGAGGAAAAGCCAGCCUGUCAGAGCUUAUUGACCUCUUUGGUCUGGAUGAUGGCAUUUUACACUUUGACCGCGCAGAGGAAGACUUCACUACCUAAUGAAUAUGCCUCAUAAAACACAUAUAUCAUUUGUUUUAUCGGUGCACAAAAAUACUACAGAGGAACAAUCCUACUCAAAGUAUAAGUGUUAACUAAGUGUUGUUGCUGAUAAACCGUUUUCAGCUGUUGUAAAGUUGUACGUUUGUAAAUUGCAUGUUUAGUUAACGUGCACAAAGAGAAAUGUAAAUAAAACCUGUGUUAUCUGUU